AACAAAAGUCAUCGGGAAACUGGGGCCUGUUUCUUAAAAAAACUUAAGUAGAAAAUCUUACUUAAGUCAAAAAAGACAAAGACUUUUUUGGACUUAAGUUUGAAUUAAGUAAGAUUUUCUACUUAAGUUUUUUUAAGAAACAGGCCCCUGUUCCACAAUUUUUGUAUCCAAAUAUAUUUGUUUGACCUUUUUCAUUUCCCACUUUGAAUGUUUUCGAGCACCAUAUAUAUGAAGUUGUUCAUUACAACGACGGCUUUCGUAUGAUAUUAAAAAAGUUGGCCCUGAGUACAAGAGACCGAACAGACAACCAUUUUAUUAAAAACGCAAUUUGGCGUUUACAACGCGAAAACCGCAACUGUGUUCUAUUCCAAAUAAAUCGUAAAAUCGCAGUAAAUUCUCAUAAAUUUUUGUAAUAUCGGUAGGGGUGGCACUUUACCUUUACUUUACUUGUAACUAGUGUAACGAACUUAGUUACUACUGUUGUUACUAGUGACGAGUAACUCAUUUCGUUACUUCGUUACUAGUAAAGAAGUAACUAACUUCGUUACUUUACCUGAUAAAGUAACGCCGAGUAACUAGUAAAGUGCCACCCCUAAAUAUCAGAGUAGAUCACUAUUCGAUUUUAUCAAAAUAGGAGUAAAUCAGAGCAAAAUUUUUUGAAAAGUAUGGAAGGUUGCCCCCCAUCCCCCCGGUCGCGCCGUCACUACCAGCAAUCUCUCUCUCGGAGUAGAAUUUCGUCUUUUGACUGCGAUCGACAGUGAUGACAAAUCGGUGGUAACAUAUGAUGUUAUAAAAGCGCUCAUUUCGACCGUUAUAAAAAAAACACAAAGAAAUUUUCUUUUUUAUGUAGACAACAGCACCGACAGUACUGUCAAGAACAGUUUCCCGUUGCCUUUUGUUCUAAGAUUUUUAUGGCCUUCAAGAAACAUCUCUGAUCAAACACUUUUAUAUAUUUCUCUACUAGACAUUCUGCUCUCCUUCUGAUAAAAAAAAGGAUACAGUCUCUACAAUAUUCCAUCGCCAUGCUAUAUCAAAAACAAAAUUAAUGCAGACCUUUUGUCCCACUCGUUAAUGGAUAGUUGAAUAUUAUAGAUCGAAGUUUAUGUAGACAGAAUCAAUGUUGAAUAUGUAUGUGCUUUAGGUGCCAAAGAAUUUUCAGCUGAUGCUUUAAAAGCAGCAAGUGAAUAUGCCAAGCUUGGCGCUGACAAAUUACAAGAGAAAAUUCCUGAAGCAAUAGAAGCUGGAAAAGACUUUGCUGGUAAAGCCGUUGGAGUUGGUGAAGAGUAUGGGAAAAUAGCACUCGAAGAAGGUGAAAAAUUGGCAAGUAAAGCCUUUGCUGAGGAUGGCUAUUUUGUUCUUAUUAUAGAAAAUUUUGAUGUUGUCUUAGUCAAAUGGGAUGAAAAAUAUCCAUAUGGAGAUAAUCAAGAUCAAUUUAAAAAAUUUGCUGAAAAUGCUGCUAAUACAAAACAAUUACUAUUGGUUGAAGUUCCUGUCACAGAUUACGGAGACAAAGAAAAUGAAGAUUUGGCAAAGAGAUUCAACGUUGAAAAGGCAGAUUUUCCGGCUUAUAAAUUAUUUUUAAAAGGAAAAUCAAAACCAAUUGAUCAUACUGGUGAUAGAACUGAAGUUGGCUUAAAACAAUUUCUAACACAACAUACAAAUCUUUGGUUUGGUUUACCUGGAACAUUAGAACAAAUGGAUCUUUUAGCGCGUCAGUUCUUUGACCUUUUAUCAUCGACUGAUGAUACACAUGACCAGGAAAAAAAAACACUCUUUGAAAAAGCGAAAGAACAAAUGAAAGCAAUGACGAAUAAAAAUGAUCAAAGGUCUGGCGAAAGUUAUGUUAAAAUUAUGGAAAAGAUGUUAGAACAAGGACCGGAAUUUCUAAAACGUGAAGCUCGUCGAGUUCAAAAUUUACUUAAAGGAAAAAUCACAACCGAGAAAAAAGAAGAAUUGAAUUACCGUCAAAAUAUUCUAUUAUCAUUUAAAUCGUUAAAAGACGCUGUUAUUGAUCCCAUUGUAGAUAAAGUAUCAGAUAUCAAAGAGAGUGUAGUAGAUACAGCAAACGAUAUUAAAGACAAAAUCAAACCUGAGCUUUAA